AUGAAGACAAUCGGCAUUGUUGGUGGCAUUGCGUGGCCAAGCUCCUUGGUCUACUACAAGACUAUCAACGAAUAUUUCAGAAAGCGCACCCAAACCAGCGGACUGCACACACCAAACCUGAUUCUCGCCCAAACGGACUUUGCACUCAUCGAACAAGCGCAAACAGAUGGCAACUGGGAUGAAGUUGGAAGACUGCUUGCUGGAGAGGCCAACAAGCUCAAGAAAGCUGGCGCGGACUUUUUUCUUCUAGCAUGCAACACCGUCCACACGGCGGAUGCAUACAUUAUGAAGAAUUCAGAACUCCCAAUGCUUCAUAUUGUGGAUGCGGCUGCACAAAAGGCAGUAGAGCAGGGCAUCACUACAGUUGGGCUUCUUGGUAGCCGCUAUACAAUGACCGGAACUUACUUUGUCGGGCGUCUGAAGGAGAAGUAUGGUCUGAAGGUGUUGAUUGCUGAGGGAGACCAUCAAUCAAACGUCCACAACGCACUAUACCAAGAGCUUACGAAGAACGUUUUCCUUCCCGAAACACGCGACAAAUUCAGAGCCGCCAUUGCCGAUUUGAUCUUCCGAGGGGCGAAGACCAUCAUUCUUGGCUGCACUGAAUUCGGCAUGUUGGUGAGCCAGGAAGACAGUACAGUGCCCGUCAUCGACACAAGUAUUGCGCAUGCCGAAGCCGCAGUUGAAUACGCCCUUGGUUCUUAA